GCGGCGCUCGGCCAUGGAGCGCCCGGUGCUGCUCGCCGCUGCCGCCGCGCUGCUGCUGCUGCUACUGCUGCUACCGUCCGGGACCGGGGCCGCCGUGACUCGCCUCCGGGUCUCCGCCAACUUCGAGUGCCGGGCCACCGGUGAGUAGCGCGGGGCAGGGCUGUCAGCGCGGGGCUGCUCCUGCCCGGCCAUACCGGCUGCAGGGUGCGGCGGGAUGGUGGGGCAUCCCCUGCCCGCGGCUACUGGGUCCCGGAGAAUGGGGGGGCGGGGCGCUCCAGGUUUCCGGGCACCGGGCUCCCCGCUUCCGAGGACUCCCGAUCCCCAAAACUUCCUGGCUCCUGGGGCUCCCCGCUUCCAAAGACUCCUGAUCCCCGGGUCUCCCUGUUUCCGAGCACUCCCGAACCCCAAGGAUUCCCGCUUCCGAGGACUCCGAAUCACCGAGGCUCCCGGUUUGUCAGGACUCUGGAUGCCCGGGGCACCUCCCUUCCGACUACACCUCCCCGGGACUCCCCGGGGCUCUCCCCCUUCCAAGCACUCCCAGUCCCCGGGGCUCCUGCUGCCUGCGGGACCCCCGGCGCACGGUCGCCCCGUCUGCUCUCCCCCUGCAGCCGACAGGACGCUGAGCCGCCCCCGCUGCCGCCGCGCUUCCCGCCCCGGGCCGCCGCUGGAGCCGCCCGCCCUGUCGCUGAGCCGUGCCCGGCUGUGCCUGCCCGCGCAGCCCUGCCAGCCCUGCCUGCGGGUGCGCCUGGCCCUGCCCGCCUCAGAGCUCGACGGUGUCCGGGGACUGCAGCUCUCCUUCCUGGAGCUGGGCUCCAACCGGGCUGGCUGGCUGCACGUUUGGCAGCGACGCCGGGUGUUGGGCAGCUCAGCGUGGCAGGUGCAGUUCGACUGCUUCCCGGCAGAGAGCGGGCGGCGAGUCCUCGUCUCCCUUCGCACCAUCCCAGAUCGGGGCUUGGCCCUAAGCUGCAGCCAUAUGGUCACCGCUGAGCCACCCGGGCCUGUCUUUACCCAUGCUUGGGUCCCUGAGGUGCGGGCCAUUGAGGUGUGGGUGCCCGCGGGUCCUGCCCUCCUGGUGCGGCUGUGCCACCAGCUGGCUCUGGAGUGUGAGGAGCUGCCCCGGCCCUUCCACCAGCAGGUGCUGGUGCCAGGAGGCCACCACAUCUCACUGCCCUAUGAGUUCCUGGUGCCCUGCCUGUGCAUUGAGGCCUCCUACUCCCACCACGACAGCCCACGGAGCAAACACUGCCCCUUCCAUGACCGGCCAGAUGCCUAUGGCUCUGAGCUGUGGUCCUCGGUGCGCUUCCAUGACUACAGCACCAGCAGCAAGGACCAGAUGGUGAUGGUGCUGAGUGGCAGCUGCCCCCUGCACCCACGGGCCACCCUCUGCUGGAGGGAGGCAGCAGAUGAGGCUGCACCCUGUCACGACAUCCCCAAUUCCACAGCCAGUGAGGAUGAGCAGAUGUAUGUACUGGACAAGGUGGAUGUGCACCCCCAGCUCUGCUUCCGAUUCUCCUACAAGAACAGCAGUCAUGUGGAGUGUCCCCACCAUCCAGAGACUGCCUGGAAUGUCUCAGUGAGUGUCUGGGGGCUCCAGCUGCACCUGCACCUCACCUCCCGCAUCCCUGCGGCCUUCAGUGCAGCCCUGUGCCAGCGCCGGGGUGGGCAGUGUGAACCCGAGGCCCCGCUCUACACUGUCACACAGCCAGAGGGCUCUGCUCCGGGCGAGUUGGCGCUGCUGCUGCCAGUGCAGGUCCUGGGCAGCUGCGUGCUGGUGUGGCGCUCGGACGUGCAUUUUGCUCGGAAGCAGCUGCUCUGUCCCGAUGUCUCCCACAGGCACUUCGGGCUGCUGGGGCUGGUGCUGGCACUGGGACUGGUGGUGAUUGUGCUGCUCCUCAACUGCCGUGGUGCCUGGAGGCCAAAUGAUGGUGUCCCUGGCAGGCGCCCCGUGCUGCUGCUGUACUCGCCAGACUCAGAGGAGCACCUGGGGCUGGUGUGUGCCCUGGCUGAGCGGCUGCGCUCGGGGCUGGGCUGCGACGUGCGCCUGGACCUGUGGGAAGCGGGUGGCUUGGGCCAGGCGGGUGCCCUGCCCUGGCUCUACGCCCAGCGGGGCCAUGUGGGCCGCCAGCGUGGCACGGUCCUCCUCCUCUGGAGCCGCGGCAGUGCUCGGCUCUUCCAUCGGUGGCAGGUCGGGAUGGCCGACGGGACGCCCGGGGAUGCCCAUGACAUUUUUGGGGCAGCCAUGGCCUGCCUGCACGGGGAGCUGGGGGCGGCGGGCCGCGGCGGCGGGUGGGUCCUGGCAUACUUCAGCCGGCUCUGCAGCCCCUGCGAUGUCCCCCGACCCCUUCGGCCCCUGCCCACCUACCGCCUGCCCCGACAGCUGCCCGGCCUGCUGGGGGCCCUGCGGGGCAGCCCCCCGGCCCCUCGCCGCUGCCGCUGGGGCAGGGCAGGGGGCCUCCUGCAUCGGCUGCUGGAGGUGGGGGCUAGGGAGGGCAGUCCCCCGCCCCAGCCCCCCGGGGCAGCUUCUGGCACCUGAGUGCCCAGGCUGGGCCUGAGCUGGGCAUGGCUGCAGGGGGUUCAGGGCUGGGCGCAGCCCCCCGGUGAGGGCAGGGGUUCUGCCAGGAAAAGGCAGGGCUCAGGUGAGCAUGUGCCCACUGCAGCGGCAGGAGGGGCACCCAUGGGUGCCCCAGGAAGGGCUGCGGGAGUCCAAGCAGGACUGGCCUCAGUCAUGGAGUGUGCUGCUGGGGCCGGAGCGAGCUUCCAGCUGUCAUCUGUGGCCAGGAGCGGAGAUGCUGUCCCGAGCAGGGGCAGCUUUAUUCCCAUACAGGGACCUGCUCCAGAGGAGAGCCCACAGAAGCCCCUUCGGAUGCCACAGCCAAGCGAGGAGUUGGGGAGGCGCAGGAAGAAGCUGAGAGAUGGGGAGGCUCCCUGCCCUGCCCACGCACAGGUGGCUAGAGGGGCGGGUGCUGGGCACAGCCUGGCCCGGCUCUUUGCCUCGACAUUGCUAGCAGGACUUGGUCUGGGGUGGAAGCAAUAAAGGUGUUA